ACCUACUGUAGUUACUGUAACUACACUAUAUUUGCUCUCACAGACACAUUCACAACGGACCCGUAUAUCUUCUUCUCUUUGUGCAGUCUGAAUCAAAACAUUGUCAUGCGCUGGCGAACGUAAAGUUAGCCUACCGUUACCGGAAGAUUACAGAAUCAAUUCGAAGUUGAAUGGUUAACGUUAGUGUCAUGAACACACCGCUGUCAAUUUUGAGAAGAACCACCUUCAAACAAGUUAAUGCGCGCUGUACAUAACUUCAUAACUUCUAGUCAUUGACUGAAUACACGUUCCCCUCUGCCACAGUUACGCGGUCAUUAUGUGGGAAUCACUGCAGAUAUAUUUAGAAUAAGUUAAACACUAACGUUAUUAGGGCUGUGACGGUCUACAUGACCUGACAUGAGUGUUGCUGGCGGUAGUGUGACGUCACAGACACGUUAAUGUUUGAACCAAAUAAUAAGUAUAAAGUGCAGUUUUUUGUACAUGUAUAGGCUAAUAAUAAUAAUAACAACAGUUGAAAUAAUAAUUUAUAGCCUUCCCUACAGAUUUAAAGUUUUUUUUUUUUUUUUUAUGUUAAUACACACUUUUCCGUUACAUUGCCAUAUAAGGCAUUUCCUUUAUACUGGCGCGUUUUGGCAUACGUUAAUUCAUCAAAUUCGAGUUCAGCCAUGGAUCUCUUUCGAAAACCAAAUGUUACAUCGCCGAUCUGGGAAUAUUUUGGAUUCGUGCCGAAUGAGAAAGGGGAACCAAACAAUUUAGAUGAAGCCAUUUGUAGGCUUUGUGAGGAAAAAAAAAUAAGUGUUAAAAGGAAAAAUACUUCGAAUUUCCAGAGCCAUCUCCGGUCAUGUCCCCCAGCCGCAUAUACCCAACAUAUGUCUUCUGAACGCAAACGCCCAGCUAGUCAGCUGGGUAUUGCAGAGGCCUUCUCAAAAAUGGCCAAAUACAAAAGAGAAAGCGAUAAAUGGAAGACAUUAACGAGAAAUGUGGCAACAUUUUUGGUAGCUGAGAACGCGCCACUCCGCACUGUAGAGAAACCUGCUUUCCGAGAAAUGCUUCAGUCAUUUGAUGAACAGUACGAACUUACGAGCAAAAAAUACUUUUCAAAUACUGUCAUUCCUCAACUAUUCGAUGAAACUAAGGAGAAAAUCAUCGCGGAACUAGACGACCUUGAUUUCUUUUCCGCUACGACCGAUAUGUGGCCCAGCGUUAAUAUGACUACGUUUAUGAGCCUGACUGACAUUUCAUUAACAAAAAUUGGGAGCCGAAGAGCAGGUGCUUGCAGGCUGCGUUCACACCAGAAAGUCAUACGGUGGAUAAUUUGGCAGAAUCUCUCCGCAGCGCAUUCAAAGAGUGGAGAUUAAAUGAAAAAAAUCUUGCAUGCAUCACGACAGAUAACAGGGCCAACACAGUUGCUGCUGUUAGGAAAUUAGAAUGGCCAUGGCUGAAUUGUUUCGGCCACAAUCUUAACCUGGCAGUUACAAACUCUAUGUCAGCCGAGAAGGAGAGGACAUCCAGGGCUAUGGGUUUGUGCCGAAAUUUGGUGACUGCAUUCGCCCACAGCUGGUCGAGAAAGAAAAAACUUCAUGAAGAGCAAGAGGCCUUAAACCUACCAACGCACAGUUUGAUACUGGAUUGUCCCACACGAUGGGGAAGCAAACAAAAAAUGAUAGAGAGAGUACUGGAGCAAGCCCAUGCAAUUAAAAGAGCGCUGGAUGACGGAAAGCACCAACACCUGAAUCUGACAUGGCAGGACAUUGCAGUGCUCGAGUCGAUAAACGCAGCACUUAAACCAGUUGCGGAAUUUACCGAGAUCUUAUCGAACGAGAAGAUUGUUACUGCAUCAUCAGUUAAACCUGUGCUGAGACUGCUGACAUGUGAUCUCCUCGACCCUUCUCCUGAAAACAGCGAGUUAACAAAAAACCUAAAUACAAAGAUGAUCGCUAUCUUGGAGGACAAAUACAAAGAUCUAGAAGGGCAAAAAAUGCUAGCAAAAGCAGCUACGUUGGAUCCUAGAUACAGGAAUAAUUUCGAAGAGGAAGACGUUACAGAAGAACUCAUCGAAGAAAUAAUGCAUGAAGAUCAGCCAGAAAACACUCAAACUGAGGAGUCACUGAAUGCAGGGGAAGGAACCAGCGCAGCACCUGCUGCCAAGAAAAUGAAUCUCGCACAGCUACUCGGCAAAAGAAAAGCGAAGGCCACAAUUCUUCCAAAGAGAGCGCGUGCCGGUGAGGAGCUGACGCGCUAUUUGCAGGAAGAGACUAUCGACUUGCUUGGUGGCGCAACAAUGCGUCCAGAUAUCCUCUCUUGGCUACGAUUGCAAAAAAAUAUCUGUGCAUUUGCGCGACAAGCACGCCUUCUGAAUGCAUAUUUAGCACUGCUGGAAACAUUGUAACCCCAAUUAGGUCUUCACUUAAACCGGAAAAAGUCAACAUGCUAGUUUUUCUGGCAAAGAAUUUAAAAUCAUAUAAAACCAAGGUGGAUUUAAACCUGCUUUAAUAGUUGGUAUAUAAGCUUUUUUUUCUCUUAGCAUCUCACUUAUUGUAGCUAGUUUUAUUAUCAGUUCUUCUUAUUAUUCAUUACUAUUAAUAUUGUAACUGAUUACGUCUUUAUUAUUUAUCAUUCAAAAGGCUGCAGCCGCAUUUAGCCUAUCGCAAGACUUUUGUUAGGCCCACUGUUACUGUUUGAGAAGAUCUUCAAUAUUUAAAGUUUAAUUAUUGUUGUGUUAUAAGCAGUACAUUGUGUUAUUUGAUAUUUUUAUAUUUGUACGGAUGUUUUUGCAUCAUUUCUUUGUUUUUGUAAUUUCUUAAUUUUUAUAUAAAAUGUAUUUUAACUUAUGUACUUUCGGUACAGAUGCGUUAUUUGCUUGUGGAUUUUUUUGGCAUUUUUGUCAGGGUCGAUAUUGUUGUCCCCACUUUUUUUUUUUUUAAAGUAGCCUAAGCCUAAUUCAAAUAACUUGCGGAAAGCAUAUAUUAAAGGAAAACCAUGAUCAUCUUCACUCUUCAAAAUCUAAUUAAUACAAGCAACAAACUUGAGCUGACCAGAACAUACGCUCUAAAACAGUAAAAACAGUUAUUAAUAUGAUCAUGAACACAAGUGUUUGCGCUA